UUUCAGGAAGUUUACUCCGAACACCCAAUUUUUGUCACUCCAAACCUCCAAAAGAUUAUACUGAAAAGUUGUGUAAGCUUGGUAGAAAUUCAUCCAUCUGUUGGAAAUCUCAGAAAGCUUAAAUUUUUGAAUAUGGAAAACUGCAAAAGUCUCAAUUCCUUUCCAAGCAGUGUUCAAAUGGAAUCUCUUGAAAGCUUCAGCCUCUCGGGUUGUGAGAAAUUAGAAAAAUUUCCAGAAAUUCGGGGAAAUAUGGAAUUGCUAUCAGAGCUCCUCUUGGCACAUACCGCUCUUUGGGAACUGCCCUCAUCAAUAGGACUACUAAGUGGUAUCAGCUUGCUUGAUUUGCGUUCGUGUGAAAACCUUGUGAGACUCUCAUCCAGUGUCUGUGAGAUGAGAAACCUGAAAAUUUUGAUUGUGAAAGGCUGCUCAAGAUUUGCAAACUUUCCUGAAAAUCUUGGUGAUCUAAACCAGUUGGAGGAGCUCUAUGCAGGUAACACUUCCAUUUGUCAACUACCAGAUUCUAUUGGAAACUUAAGCAAACUCAAGAUCCUAUCAUUAAGAAGAGGGUGGAAGGUAAAGCAUCAGCGUGCUCGCAGCUUGAUAUUACCCUUGGUGUAUCAUGGUUUGAGGAAAUUGAAAAGCUUAGAUCUCAGUGGUUGCAAUUUAUGUGAUAAUCAAGCUGCUGCUCUUGUGUUUUUUCCUUCUUUAUUGGAACUGAAUCUGAGCAGAAAUAAGUUCAUUCCUUACCUAAUAGCUUAUGUAUACUUUCUUGCCUUCGAUAUCUCAACAUAA